AUGCCCUGGCAACCGUUGCUCCGAAUCGCCUUCGCCGUCGCGACCUACCCUUUUGCUGCCUCGGGCCCGGCCGACCUACCACUCGAGAUUGGCGAUGAGCUCUACAUUAUCGAGGAGACGCCUGACGGCAACUGGCUGCGUGGAUACCUAGUGGCGCCUCCGAGCCUGCUCACAGGCCUUACCUCGGUAAAGGGUCAAACUCUGGAGGCUCGCGUUUUCAGUGGCAUUUUCCCCCGCAGCUGCGUCGAGAUUCGCGAGUUUCUGGGGGAGUCUGAGGACACGGACGACAACAGCGAUGCCACAGACGACCACCAACCCAGGCGAGACCAACGCCUCGUUGAGAGCGAUUCGGCCAAGAGCGGACUCAUAGGGGAUGCCGACGAGAGAAGGCUGCCGAUUCAGGAUAGACACCGUACUGGCCCGCCACACCGGGAAAGAAGAGGCCGCAAAAUUCCGAGAGAACUCCCCAAUGGCACUCGUACCAGUCUUUCUGUGCCCGUCAAGCGUGAGCCCGGAGCCCCGCGACCCCCGGCGCCCGUUCCCAUGCUCAAGAUCGGCGACGAGUCUCCCACAUCUGCCGCAGAACCCCUCAUCGACGAGAUAGCAAGCUGCCUCCGAGAAUGGCACUCCACGAACCUACACGAACUCCUCCUCACCCGCCAGUACUCCCGACUUGACCAGCUCUCCCAGCUCAUUAAUUCCCUGUACCUAAGCAGGCAACAACUGCUUCACAAUGUCCUGGCCAAUCACGAGCUUAAAAAACUUCGCGAGAAGACUGUCUGGGAUCUGGUCCGUGUCAACAAGCUCUGCGGCGGAGAAGUCAUCGUCCGUGAUCCCCGGGAACGGGGUAGGGUUCUGACGGGCGAUGACUCCGUCGUGGAGACGACCAAGCUGCAGUCCAUGAUGAGCCUUCUCAACGAGCCUCCGCAACCGACUCUCGAGCUGACCGCUUUGCAUCAUUUGCUCGUCGACGUUAGAGGAUUCGCCGGCGCCUCCUCCGAGGAAACGUCUCUUGCCCUCUACCUUUUAACCAAGUCCGCGGGUGGCCAACCGGUACCUCUGUCAGAGACCUUCACAGUCCAGAUACCCGCCGGUGGAACCAUGGGCAGCCUAGCCAAAUCUGGCCAGCUCAAGACGCUGUUCGCAGACCUAUCGGCACAGGAUAUAGGCGAUGUCCCUUCCGUCGAAACCGAGCUAUACCUCGUCAUCCAGGUCCGAGCGACCCAGCAAGUCAUGGGUGGUGGCAAGCCCCAGUCGAGAUCGGGACAAAAGUCACAGCCAUUUAGCAAAGAACCACCGAAGCCGAACUCGUCAAGCGGGAAGCAGACAAUAAGGAGGAGUCUCAUGUGGGGCUCUAAAAACUCACGAACCGCCUUUUCUCGUGGUCGGGAAGUCGCUAAGCUCGACGCCCUGACGGAGCAGCAAGAAUCCGGCGGUGUGACACAAGCCGAGAGCCGGGACGGCUACCGACCUCCCAGCACUGCCGGUUCCUUGUCACGCACUGGCUCUAUCGACGACAGCCACGUCCAUCAUGCAAUGGCGGAGAGGACGGUGGGUGUUGGGAUCCUCAAGCUGAACUCAAUCAUGAAGCAAUACGACUCCAUCGAACAAGUCGUCAGCAUCUGGUCACCGUCUCCAUCCCCGUCGUUUGCAUCCGAAAAGCAGGGCCCGGAGGAGGACUCGGACGUUUUGAUCCGCGAACUUUUAGACAGCCGGUCAGGUCGUUACGAAAAGUCUCGGAGGGCUGAGCGGGUGCAGGUACAGCUGAAGGCAUUCAAUCACCCGGAUGCGGACGCUCUGAUCAAGGCCACGCCAACUUUGCUCUCCGGAGUCUGCAAGUCCAGCAAGAUGGGGUUCUCCGGGGCACCGACGAAACCCAGAUCGGACAUAUAUGUCACAUUAGAUCAGGCGACGCUUUCCAGGCAUACUCUCCUCUCGAGGUUCGGCGGCAACCCAACGGCUAUCCCCGGCAACGUGCAUGGUAACAAUCUGCAAGUGACGCUCGAGGUCCGCAACAACCAAGGGAAGAGGAUAGAGAAUUGUGUGUUCGCAUCCUCCAACUCCGAAGGCGUCUCGGUAUGGAAGUCCUUAGCUGCGGAAAAGGGCGACUCGUGGAACCAGACCAUCCGACUCUCGGUCUCUCCGCGGGACGUGUUCACUGCACACGUCGUCAUGUUGCUUUCCGAUGCGCCGAAUCCCCCCUUUGCCGUCGCUCACAUGCCUUUAUGGAACCAGCAGGCAUUUGUGCGAGACGGUGCCCAUGCUUUGCUUCUCUACAAGUUAGACGAAAACACGUCGACGGCCCAUGGACAAGCCUCCGGCAAGGGUGGCUAUCUGUCUGUUCAAUGGAGUGCGCGGGGCGACAGCGAGCACUCGGCCGAGGUUACGGGCCCCUUGGCCACACUGAGGACCCAUACAUAUCUUUGCAGCACUCGAUUCUCCCAGGACAAGGUGGUCCUUGGACUGCUCAAGUGGAAGGAAGUUCCCAAGGAAGAAGUUCCGAAACUGCUGAACCAUCUGAUUUUCGUCCCUGAGAUUGAGGUCGUCAAACUGCUUAGCGACGUCCUCGAUGCUCUCUUCGGCAUUCUUGUCGAGCACUCUGGGAAUGACGAGUACGAAGACCUCGUCUUCACCGCCCUGGUAAGGGUGCUGGGUAUCGUGCACGACCGGAGAUUCAACCUUGGCCCGCUGGUGGACCAGUACGCCGAAAACCGCUUCAAUUACCCCUUUGCGACGCCAUGUCUCGUCCGGUCGUUUACCAGGCUGCUGGAGAAUCCGACCGAACCCGAGACGUCGCGCAAGUUGCGGUCCACCUUCAAAGUUGUCCGCCAUAUCUUGAAGUUCAUCACCCAUGCGAGGGGCCAGCAGAAAGCGAAGGAGGCUGGGAUAGGACUCACAACCUCGUCGCCUGGCUUCACUCGUCAUCUUCGGAGUAUAUUCAAAGCACUGGAUGCCAUGAUGCGUAACCCCGCUCCUGUCCUGGUGGGCAGCCAGACCCUGGCCGUCCAGCAUUUCCACACCUGGUUGCCGGAGCUCUCGGGUCUCCUGACCACCGAAGAGAUACUUCACGUUGCCAUCGACUUCAUGGACGCAUGCUCAGAGGUCAAGGGCAAGUUGGUCCUGUACAAGCUCGUCCUCGUCAUCAACUACUCCAAGCUGGACCUGUUCUCCCAUCCGGAACAGAAGGCUGCACUCACCGCAAAUACUGUCCGGUGGAUUGAGCCGCACUGGGGCCAUCAGGAGCAGGUCACUGACCUAUGGAAAGAUCAAGUGCGCCUCUGCUGUUCCGUCUUGGCCACGCAACUGGAUUCUCUAGGCCCUGAAAUCCCCGAUCACAUUCCGAAGCUCAUCGACUCGUACCUCUGCAUCAAGGCGGCUCCGAUCCAGUCUCGCAGCCGACUCUCUCUUCUUUUCCCCAUGUCAUACCCUUUCACAACGAAGCCGAUCACCGUCGCCGACGAGAUUACCUACGACGAGUCGCUUAUUGAGCUGUCCGCCAUCUUGUCGGCGGUCUCGAAUUCCCCAAGCGGCAUGCAGCUCGAGUUGGGCGAAGAGGACAUGUCGCUGCUCCUGGAGAACGUGCUUCGCGUGUACAUGAGCAUCUUGAGCGGAGAAGCUUUCCCCUCCCACUGGCUGAGCGUUCAUAUCCACCACCACAAGUCCAUCAUGGGGUCCCUUCAGUACCUUUCCACCAUCAUGUUAGAGUCCUUCCUGCCCGACCCUGACGACGCGGAGCACUUCAACACAGAGCUUUGGAGGGCGUUUUUCAGCACACUGCUCAAGCUCGUUGGGAGCCCAGGUCUGGCCUUGGAAACCUUUCCCGAGCAGAAACGCAGGGCCGUGUGGAAGAUCGCCGGAGAUGUCCGGGAGCACGGUGCGGAGCUGCUUCGCCGGACAUGGGAGGCCAUCGGUUGGGAUGCUAGUCCCGAGGAGCGGGCGAAGUACGGCUUGCAGAAGCUGGGUGGUUACCAAGUCCAAUACGUGCCGACCCAGGUCGGCCCCAUUGUCGAGCUCUGUCUUAGCGUGCACGAGGGUCUUCGGCGGAUGGCGGUCGAGGUCCUCCAGACCAUGAUCGUGAGUGAGUGGACCCUGGGCGAGGACCUCUCGGUCAUCCAGACGGAGAUGAUCGACUGCCUCGACCAGUAUUUCAAGUCGAAACCCCUCACCGAGAGCAUACUCCAAAAACUGUUCGUCUCCGAGCUUCUCGAAAGGUUCGAGCCGUUGUCACAGGUUCCCGACGAGCCUCUCUAUGCGGCAAUGCGCGACCUGAUUGGCACGGUCGAUGAGUUCCUCGACCUUCUCGUAGCUGUCCAUAGCGGAGACGUCACCAGCGAGGCCUCGCAUCUGAUCAACCGCCUCAGGCUGAUGGAAUUCCUUCGGGACAUGCAGAAAGAAGAGAUCUUCAUUCGCUAUGUUCACCAGCUGUCCACGCUCCAGAGCGAAUCAAGGAAUCACACAGAAGCCGGUCUUGCUCUUCGACUCCACGCCGAUCUGUACGACUGGGAUCCGGCCAGGCAAGUCGGCGCACUCGCAGAACCCGAGUUCCCGGCGCAGACGCACUUUGAAAGGAAGGAACGCAUCUACUUUGAGAUGAUCAAACACUUUGAGGAAGGCGAGGCUUGGAACGUUGCGCUCGCUGCGUAUAAGGAGCUCCAGGUCCAAUACGAGACUAACGUGUUCGACUUUGCGAAGCUCGCGAGGACUGAGCGGGCCAUCGCUACCAUUUAUGAAACCAUCAGCAAGAGUGAGAAGCUGGUGCCGAAAUAUUUCAAGGUCGUGUACAAGGGGCUCGGAUUCCCUCCCAGUCUCCGCGAUAAGGAGUUCGUGUUUGAGGGCUCGCCGACAGAACGCGCUUCCGCCUUCACCGAUCGCAUGCAAGAGCAGUACCCGUCGGCUCAGAUCAUCUCCGGGGGCGACGUCGACGACGCUGAGGGCCAGUACCUGGUCAUUUCCGCCAUUUCGCCUCAUCGUGACCUCUCCCAUCACGUCUUCCAGCGAUCUCGCGUUCCCCAGGUCAUCCGCGAUUACCUCAUCUCCUCCGGGCCUCAGGCCUUCUCCGUGUCUUCCAAGCGUAACACCUCCGGACCGGUGACGGAGCACUACGCCGAGAAACUGGUCUACACCACGGCCGACCCCUUCCCCACUAUCCUACGCCGGAGCGAGAUUGUGCAUGUCGACGAGAUACGGCUGAAUGCCCAUCAGACCGGGCUGGAGCGCAUCGUGCGCAAGACGCAAGAAAUGUCCACCAUCGAAAAGCGCAUUUCCGAGGGUGACGAGGAAAAUGCGCAGCUUCUCGUGGACGCGGUCAGUGUUUCCGUCAACGCCAAUUCGGAAAACAGUGUUUCCUGCUACCGGCGACUUUUGCCUGUUCCCGAAAUGGAAGACGAAGAAGUCGAGCUGAGCCCCCAGGACAAUGCCAUCCGGAUGGCUCUCUUAGACCAUGCUAUCAUGCUCAAGAGGUGCCUGGCUACCUUCUCGCGGAGCUCAAAUCCUGCUCUCAACCGGGUACAUGAGGAACUCCAACGACACUUUGAGAGCACGUUCGCACCCGAGAUUGCCAUGUUCGCGCCACCCCAACCGCUACGAGAGACUCCUGUCGCGCCGUCACCGACGUGGCGACGUUCAACCCGCUUCGAGCCGGGCUCGCCUCCCCUGAGCCUAACGGCAGCGGUCAUGUCGAACGGGCUCGGCAUUCUGUCCGAGGAAGCGUCGGCCGUGCAACCGGUAUCGAUCCGACAAGGACGUGGGGCCCGUCUGAGCCUUUUGGGCGGUCGAAAGAAGGAUCAGUCAUCGUCGCCGCAGACGAACGGGGACCGAUCGGGCACACACGAGAAAGGCGAGACGUUCAGCGACCGAAGCAAGAGCAUGGAUAAGGACCAGGGCGCGCGGCGAAGCUUCUUUCGCAGCCCCGCCAACGGACCGGCAGAGGCCGAGGGGACCGAAUGGGUGAUAACGGAUUCGGGAGGGCGACAGAGCUCCGACGUGCGGUCCAGCACCGCGGACAAGGAAAACGAUGAGCGCCCUCCGUCCAGCGGUGGGAAUGGGAUGGCGAGGAUGGGGAGCGUCCGCAAGCGGUUCAGCAUGCUGAGGCUGGGGAAGAAGUCCAGCCGGGGCAACGUGCUGAUGGGGAGCGUCGAUGAGGAGUAG